UCAAAAAACUGUCUGGUUAAGAUUCACCUUCCCUUUAAAUGCACGCCACAUUCAUCACACGUUCCCCUUUUGCAUUUUUGUUUUUUCUUUUUGGUUUCCCCCAAAUCUGUGCUUACUUGACCACGAAUCUUUGACUUCAAUCUUGAGGAAAAAAGCAAAGCUAAGCCCUGAUCAGGUUGUGAGUUGAGGAAGAAAGAUGGUGGGGGCUUUAUCGGUGGUGGACUCUCACACUGGUCCAUGUUUGUGCUCCACCAGCAUGAACUUGAAAACUGGAGGGGAAUUGGUUUCGCAAAUGAAGAGGAAACAAGGGGUGGGAAGGGCAGGGUGGUUGGAGUUAGGCAGCUCAUUUGUAGAUUCAUGCCAUGAUUGGAGGUUGUCUUCCAAGAUGAUUCCUGGAGUUGUGGAUAAGAAGAGUUCAAGGAAGGCCCGCACACUUGUGGUUGUGAAUGAAUUAGGAGGGCAGUAUGAAGAAACUUUCGGGGAUGUUAAAACGCAAUUAGUAAAUUACUUCACAUACAAAGCAGUGAGGACUGUUCUUACUCAGCUCUAUGAAAUGAACCCACCAAAAUAUACUUGGUUUUAUCAGUAUGUCGCAGCAAAUCAGCCUACUGAUGGCAAGAGUUUCUUACGUAUCCUUGGGAAGGAGAAUCAAGAGCUUGCUGAAAGAGUGAUGAUAACACGACUUCACCUAUAUGGGAAAUGGAUUAAGAAAUGUGACCAUGCUCAAAUAUACAAAGAGAUUUCGGAUGAGAACCUAGAAUUGAUGCGGGAACGGCUUAUGGAAACUGUGGUUUGGCCCUCAGAUGAUUCAAACACUGAUACGAUUGGGUGAGCCCUCAGGGAUUGAUUGCAUUUCCAAUUUUUCUUCUCUUAUUACUUAGCUUUAGAAGCACCUUGUUUGGUUUGGUCCCAAUGAAUGUUAUGUAUAUUUGGUUUUCCACCAACUAAGUAUAAGCUUUAUUGUAAACUGUAUAUUAUGAAUUGCUUGCUUAUAAAUUAUAAAUAGCGUCCACCAUUUCAAA